GCUUCGCCACGUAUGCAUUCCUCUUCUUCAGUCACUGGCGACGUUUAACAGACAUCCAUAACCUUAUUGUCCCAGUUUCUUCAAAUUUCAACAAUGGAUUUCUGGCAAAAAGCCCGAAAUUUCGCCGAAGAAGCGGCAAAGCGAUCACAAGAACUCACAAUUUCCUCCUCUUCUAAACUCUCCGACCUCGUUUCAGAAACCGCCAAACGCUCUAAAGACAUCACAAUCGGUUCCUCCAAGCUCUCCGACAUUGUAUCGGAAACCGCCAAGCGCUCCAAAGAAAUCGCAGCCGAGGCUUCUAUCAAGAUCAAAACUCACGCCGUAAAAGGAGCCGAUCAGAUCAAGUCUCUAGCCGAAGGAAUCACGCCGCGAGCCGAGCCUAAUAAUGCUGCCGAACCGAAGCUCGAGGAUGAGGAGGCGGAGGCGGAGAGGUUCGGUAUAACGGAGGAGUUGAGAGAGUUUGUUAAGGAUAUUAAUUUUACUACUUUUCAAGAUUUUCCACUGCAAGAUGAUUCGGAGAUGAGCAAUGUGGAAGCAGUGUCAAAUGUGAGGCAAGAUCUUACGGAAUGGCAAGAAAAGCAUGCUAAUCUUGUUUUAUCAACUGUCAAGGAAAUAUCGAAGUUAAGAUAUGAAUUGUGUCCUCGAAUUAUGAAAGAAAGAAAAUUCUGGAGGAUUUAUUUUAUUCUGGUGAACAGUCAUGUUGCGCCCUAUGAGAAGCGGUACGUGGAGGAGGCAAUGCAGAAUUCUGUGGAGCAAGUAAAAGAUGACAAAGUAGAGGAACUUACUGAAGCCACAGUAACUUCUAAUUCCCAAACGAAAAAGUCGAGCCAGCAAAGUAAAAUAUCAGCUGAGCAAGACUUGGACGUAUUUCUACUGGGUGGAGACAGUGACGAUGGUCGAGAUGAUGCUAAUGGGAACUUUGAUCGUGAUUUUGACAAGAUGGUGAAUAGUUCGGAUGAUGAGAACGAGAAGCUAUAGAAUAUGUAGGCGGGCUGCAACAUCUUGAACUCUGCUACUUAUUUUAGAAGAGGAAAUGCUGCAUUUGGAAGAUCAAAUAAUCAACUCAAUCGAAACAUUCUUCUUAGGUAUGACUAUUGUAAUUCAUUUAAUCAUUUUCAUACUCUGUAAAGAAUAUUUAUAUCUUUAUUUUGGGUGUAAUUCUCAUUUAUUGCAGUGUAUAGAUGGCUGGUAGUUUCCCACUACCAUCAGGCUCACAGGUUUACCUUUUUCACGUUCUUGUUCAAGUGUAAAUAGAUAUAAUAUAACCAACAAACUUUUAUACAUU